CUUCCUUGUUACCGGCUCGCAGUUUAGAAAAGAAGCGUCCCGUCGCCGCGUUUCAUCAUCAGCGAUAAAACUCUUGACAUGGACACAUCAGCAGGAAAGACUAUGUGAACAAGCUCGUCUGAGGUCUUCAAGGUGUUAGUGAGUUGCAGGUGAAGAAAUGAACACUGAAGUUGCUCUCUUAACAUCAGGACACCCGUGGAGUAAAAUCCCUGACACCACCCGUCUGAACUUCUCUGACUCUGACACUUCUGCAUGGAGCUUCCCUUCUCUCCUCUCGGCCCCAGAAUCCUCCCGUCCCUCCUGUGAGCGAAUGUUUCCCGGUGAACCCGACCCCUCCUCCGGCCCCCAGCACCUGGAGGCCCCACUGAACUUCUUCCUGAAGCUGGGGUACUCCACCGCUCAGGUUCAGGCCGUUCUGCACAAGUUUGGCAAUAUGGACACAGAUAAACUCCUGGGGAAGCUGGUGAAGAUGGGGGCCAACCCGGGGCCAGUGCAGGUGCCGGUGACUAGGGUGUCGGUGCUGGUGCCCAGAGGGGAGCCCCCUGCUGUGGGCCCCACCAUGCAGCUGCCUGUGACUGUGUCAGCUCACAGCAGAGAGGAUGAAGACGCUCUGAGGCCUGUUGUCAUAGACGGGAGCAACGUGGCCAUGAGCCACGGGAACAAGGAAGUCUUCUCCUGUCUGGGAAUCGAGCUGGCUGUGAAAUUCUUCAAGGACCGAGGUCACACAGAAAUCACCGUGUUUGUUCCCAUGUGGAGGAAGGAGCAGCCCCGGCCUGAUGUCCCCAUCACAGAUCAGCACAUUCUGGGAGACCUGGAGAGGAGGCACAUCCUGGUGUUCACGCCGUCCAAACGUGUCUCAGGCAAACGUGUUGUCUGUAACGACGACCGCUUCAUCGUCAGGCACGGCUACGAGUCCGACGGCAUCAUCGUGUCCAACGACAUGUACCGCGACCUUCAGGCGGAGAAGCCGGAGUGGAAGCGCUUCAUCGAGGAGAGGCUGCUCAUGUACUCCUUCGUCAAUAACAAGUUUAUGCCUCCUGAUGAUCCUCUGGGCCGCCACGGACCGACCCUGGAGAACUUCCUGCGGAAGUUUCCAAAGAUUCCCAAAAAACAGAUAUGCCCUUAUGGGAAAAAAUGCACUUACGGGAUCAAAUGUAAAUUCCACCAUCCUGAGAGACCCAAACAGUCCAACUGCUCCCUCGCAGACGAUCUGCGGGCGAUCGUCAAGCACUCGUCUGCUCAGAAACCGUCCUCGGCUCGCUCCAGCCCCGUGCCCGGACAGAGCCUCUCACUGGAGGACAUGGCCAAGAAACUGACUCUGGGACACGAGAGUGGCUCCUCAAAGAAAGACCACAAACACGAACAGGUGAUGGUGAGCCACCGCCCCAGCAAGAGAGCCACCGCUAGAAAGGACAAGCACUCGUCUUCUGACCACGGCUCGGUGCGGCACAGCAGCUCUCAGGAGCAGCUGGACUCCGGUUUGGGCUCCAUAGACAGUCAGCCGAUCGAGGCUCCGUGGAGCGUGUGCGAUCACCAGUACGGGGCGACGUACGGGAGCGCUCCGCCCAGCCACAGCUUGAGACCGCAGUACUGCGAUCCGUGCAGCUGCUGCUCCUCACACGGCCCGUCCUCUCAGGAAACCACGCCAGCUUUCCAGCACCACAACCAGCACUACAGCGUCCCGUACCAGCAUCCGUACCCCGGCUACGACGCCUACCCAGGCAGCCUGCAUGUGUGCAGCCAUCCGGCUGAUUUCCAGCACACCAGAGUCUAUGGGCACCAGCAGCAGCAGUACUGGUCCGACCCAUGCGGGGCUCAUCCUCCGGCGCUCCACAGCCUGUCGGGGGAACGCUCGCACUGGAAGCCUCCUCAGGCCCCGAGUCAGAGCAGGAAGGAGAGAGAGGUGGUCCGGAAGAAUCUCCUCGCGAUCUUCAACGCCAACUUGGUGGACACGGCCAUGAACAUGUUCCCUCUGGUGAUGGAUCCACAGGUCCUGGUUGCUGAGAUCCUGAAGCUGCAGGGUCAGAACAGGAUGCAGAGAUAAAGUCCUAACCCACGACUUUCAGUGGAAAGAGAUAAACAUGAGUUUGUGUAUUUAUGUAUUGUGGUAUCCACCUUGCUGUAAACUAUAUGUGAAAUACGUUUUCAGGAGUUUUCGGAACAAACGGUUUUGCCGAAAACGCCUCGUUACCUUGUAAGCUGCCUCAGUGAACCGGAUAAAAUCCGAGGCAGUAUGCAGUUGAUACAAAUUGUAUCUUUAUUUAUAAAUGUAAAAGGAAAAAAGUGGCUUUUAAUGCCACUAAAUGUGAUUUUCCCUGUUUUUGUUAAGGUAAAAGAUUUUUUGGGUACACUCCAAUGCAUUCCAAUGCAAAUGUUGCUGCCAUAAAAGCUACUUUUAAUGUGCCUUUAAUGUCUUUUUGUGUCAUAUUGUCACCCUGUACAUUUACAAUUUCACAGCCAGUUAUUGCAGUGGUUUUGGUUAAAAUUUUCUCGAAUCAACCGUUCAGUAAAACAGUCAUGAUGAAAAUAUGAUGUUGUUGUUAUGUUGCACAAUAAAGGCAAUACGUACCAUAAAUAAUAAAUAAUCUCACAGAAAUUGGGAUUUCAAACUUAAAAAUGGGGUUAUAAUGCAAGUUUUGUUUAUUUAAAGUGUUUUUAGCAUUUGCUUUUAUGUCAAAAUUGACCCACUAGAGCAUGAGAGCUUUCGGGGACAGUGUGACAGAAACAGGUUUAAUUUAUAGUAACAUUUAUAGUAUUUACUUCAGGGCAGAUUCAGCGAUGAUUGAUUGAGAGAUACGUGGAUUGUUUUUGCUUUUAUGUUGAGCAACUCUUGUCAACAAACGUCACUGUAAGGUAUUUCAAAUAAAC